AUGUCCAGCUUCUUGAAUACCAUAUGUGACCCCUCCCAACCCCUCCACCUCCUCCACCUUCAACACUCCCUCGACACCCGCCGAACGUCCCCCCUCUCCAACCGCUCCAUCCCACGCUCAACUCCCUCAGGCGGCGAAGUGCAUAUCGCCCUCGCCUGCACUGGAGAGCGCACUGCAGACCGCCCAAGCAUGGGGCAGAUUGUUAACGAGCUCCAGGCCAUUGGGGAGGAGGUGGCGGGGAAAGAGGUGCUGUGUGCUACUGCCAAGGUGGAUGCGCAGGUGCAGGAGAUGAAGGAUGUUGUUGCGGGUGUCUUAAGCCUCGACUCGGAAAUUAAGAUGAUUGGAGAGCGUAGCUGA